AUGAUAUUCGAGAAAACAUCUGAAGGAAAUAAGGUAGCUAGCCGUGUGCCUAUCUGGGGGAACAGUGGCAGAGAUGCUAAAGCUCCAGGCUGGCUCUCCUACAGCAUUAAGUUUGGAGGAUGGAAACAUGUGGUCCUCAUGAGGGUCAAGAAGCUCUUGGUUUCCAGACACCUCCUGGUGUUUACCUACACGGACCAGCAUGCCCUCAAUGAGGAUCAGCCUUUUGUUCCUGAUGACUGCUUCUAUGAUGGUUAUGUGGAGGGGGUACGGGAAUCCCUGGUUGCUCUCAGUAUCUGUUCUGGGGGCUUUCGAGGAAUGCUACAGAUAAAUGACUUUGCUUAUGAAAUUGAACCCAUAGGGCACUCUACCACAUUUGAACACCUGGUUUAUAAGAUAAACAACAAUGACACACAAUUCCCACCUAUUAGAUGUGGCUUAACAAAGAAGGCAAUAGCAUACCAACAGAUGGAAUUUAAAGAGGCUAAGAAAAAAAUUCUGAAACAAAUUUCUACUGAUAACCAAAGGAUCCACUCAUGGUUUCUGGAGCUGGUUGUGGUGGUAGAUCAAAAUUUCUUCAUUUACUCCCAAAGUAACUUCUCAAAGGUGCAGGAAGAUGUAUUUCUUGUUGUUAACAUAGUGGAUUCCAUCUAUCAGCAGUUAGGUACUUAUAUGAUUUUGACUGGGAUUGAGAUUUGGAAUCAUGGAAAUGUUUUCCCAAUGAUAACCAUAGAGCAGGUUCUGAAGGAUUUUGCUCAGUGGAAACAAAUCAGUUUUCUCAGCUACAGUACUAUGCUGCACAUAUUUUCAUGAAAAAAUGCACUUAUAAGUACACUUGGUAUAGCCUAUGUUGCAGGAAUAUGCCGUCCUCCUAUUGAUUGUGGAGUUAAUAAUUUCCAAGGAGACCCCUGGUCCCUUUUUGCCCUCACAGUAGCCCACGAGUUAGGCCAUAAUUUGGGUAUGUGGCAUGAUGAAGAAUUCUGUUUGUGUGGGCAAAGGGGUUGCAUCAUGAACGCUGUCAGAGUGCCAGCAGAGAGAUUCACCAACUGUAGUUAUGCGGAUUUUGCAAAGACCACUUUAAACCAGGGAUCAUGUCUGCAUACUCCUCCAAGUCUAGGGGAAGUCCUUAUGCUGAAGCGCUGUGGGGACGGUGUGGUCGAAGGAGAAGAGGAGUGCGACUGUGGAUCUGUAAAGCAGUGUGAACAAGAUCCCUGUUGUCUGUCGAACUGCACUCUGAGGCCCGGGGCAGCUUGUGCUUUUGGGCUUUGUUGCAAAGACUGCAAGUUCAUGCCAUCAGGGGCACUCUGUAGACAUGAGGUCAAUGAAUGUGAUCUUCCAGAGUGGUGCAACGGGACAUCCCAUCAGUGCCCGGAAGAUGGAUAUGUGCAGGAUGGGGUUCCCUGUAGUGACGAGGCCUACUGCUAUCAAAAGAGAUGUAAUAACCAUGAUGAGCAGUGCAGGGAGAUCUUUGGGGAAGGGGCAAAGAGUGCAUCUCAGAAUUGCUAUCAAGAAAUCAACUCACAGGGAAACCGUUUUGGCCACUGUGGUAUAAAUGGCACGACAUACCUAAAAUGUAAUACCGCUGACAUCUUUUGUGGGAGAGUUCAGUGUGAAAACGUGGUUGCUAUUCCCCAUCUGAGAGAUCGCUCUGCUUUGCAGCAUAUUCACCGCAACGGUGUCACCUGCUGGGGUAUCGGUUAUCAUUUAGGGAUGGACAUACCCGAUGUCGGUGAAGUGAAAGAUGGCACAAUGUGUGGUUCAGGGAAGAUCUGCAUACACAAGAAGUGUGUCAGUCUCUCUCACCCGUCACAAAUCUGCCUGCCUGAGACCUGCAACAUGAAGGGGAUCUGCAACAAUAAACAUCACUGCCACUGUGGCUAUGGAUGGUCCCCACCCUACUGCCUGCACAGAGGCUACGGAGGUAGUGUUGACAGUGGCCCACCAUCUGCCAGAAGAGGAGCUUUCUUUCCACUAGUUAUGAUUCUUAGUUUGUCUGUUUUGAUUUUACUGGUGACUACUGUAUUCAUGUAUCUUCAAAAGCAUUUUGCUCCCAAGGAGACCGAGGCUCACCCUUCAGAUUAA